AUGGCUACCCCCAGUGUCCUCACUUUUGAUGCUGAGGGCCGUGCCGUUGACUUUGAGGUCUGGGUCGAUGACCUCCAGCGGCUUCUUCACUGCGAUAGGGCAGACGGCCUCUCCUUGUUUGACCUCAGUUCUGGUGCCUCUCCUACCCGUGCUGCUGAUGCUGACGCCACUGUUCGCUCACUGUGGGCAACGCGCGAUGCUACUGCUCGCCUUGCUGUGCGCCGCCACUUACCGACCACUGAGCGUGCACACUUUAGCCAGUACAAGAGUGCUCAGACCUUGGACCACUUCCUCUCAGUUUGUCCCACCACUCUUACCGUUGACCUUCUCGAGAAGGCCCUCCUAGCGAUAGAGAAGAGCAUAGUCGCUGUAGGAGCCUCUUGUGGUGACCAUUGCACCCCCGUCUUUGAGGGGUGUUCUCCCUCCCCCCUCUUGCCCUCUGUUACCUCUGCUGCUGCGGCCGACCUCGUUGGUUUCAAGUCCGUCGGUGCUGCGUCUGCCCCGAGCAGGAAACGCCGCACCGGCAGGGGCAAGGGGGGCAAGGGCACUGGAGGGGCUGGACGGGGCGGUCGAGGUGGUGGUGGAGGCAAUGGAGGGAGUGGGGGUGGUGGUGGGAGUGGUGCCGGGGUGGCGGCGGCGGCGGCAGCAGUGAAGGAGGCGGAGGCGGUGGAGGUGGCAGAGGGAGCGGAGGCGGCGGAGGUAGCGGAGAAGGCGGAGGUGGAGGAGGCGGCGGAGGCGGCGGCGGCGGCGGUGGUGGAGCCGGUCGCGACUCUGCGCAGAGGAGUGGCUCAGGUGGUGGUCCGCGCCAAUAGCAGCAGAGUGGUUUGA